AUGUCCUUCUCGGCCUGCGCCAGCGCCGACGUCCGCGCCGCCCUCGCCAAGGCCUGCGCCGACCUCACGCGCGACGAGCGGCUCGAGCCGCUGGACGUCUACCGGCGGCUCGCACAGGAGGCCAAGGUCGUCUACGACACGGAGAAGACCAAGCUGCGCAUGACCGAACACCCGCUGACGGCCGACGUCGCGCGGUCGCACCCGGCGCUCGUCGACUUUAGCAUCGAGACGCUCGAGACGCUCGUCGACGCCGAGCGCAACACGACUACCAAGGCGGUCGUCGUCUACGUGCCACCGGUGGCUGCGGCCAAGAAGAAGCAAAAGACCAAGGAGCACCUCGAGGUGAGUUUCAGCUACGACCGCCGGUACGCCGGCGAGCCCUUUGGCACGACCCUCGCCUUCACGCUGAGCGUCGCCUUGGGCUACGGCAAGAAGACGACGCUGCUGCACAUCAAGGACGACGACGAGAUCACACCGCCCACGGACGACGACGAGGACGCGGAUGCGGCACCACCGUCCGACCACAGCGAUGAAGGCGCCAACCAAGACGAGGAAGAGACCGAGGAGGAUGAUGAGGAAGAGGUCGAGGAAGAAGCCGAGGAAGAGGCUGAAGAUGUCGGCGAGGAGCACCAAGAGGGUGAUGAAGACGUUGGUGGCGACGACGACGGUGAGACGCAGGAGCUGCAUGUGCUCGGCCCGGACGAGAAGGACUGGGAGUACGUCGAGGAGUUUGAGUUCCAUGAAGACGUCUUCGAGACGUUCCACGAGUGGUUCGGCGGCGACCUCUCGCACCAGGACUUUCUCACCUUCAUGCUCGCGUUCCCGUUCACGGAAGACGAGUACAUGGUCGACGACCGCGUCUUCGAUCUUGUCUUCAAUGGCGACGACUCGGGCGACGAGAGCGAUGCAUAA